UCACUGAGCCGGGUUGGCUGCUCCGGAAGAGAUCGUGAGCACAGCGCCCAGGUCUACACCAUGGCUCACAAGCCGAAAAGGACUUUCCGGCAGCGCCGAGCCGACUCUAGUGACAGCGAUGGCGCCGAGGAGCCAUCUGCUGGACCUAGGGUGCUGGAGGAGCAGGCAGCCCCCGGCCCUGAGGACGAAGGACCUACUUCUGCAGGGGGUCGCGCAGAGGCAGCGGGACGGCCCCUUCGGGGCCGGGGCUCUCGGGGCCGGGGCCGGGGCCGGGUCUGGGCGAGUUCCCGGCGGGCUGCCCAAGCGGCUCCCCACGCGGACGGCGGCUUGAGCGCUCCAGGUGACUUGGAACAGCAAGAAUCCAGAACAGUUGAUCUUUCAACAACAGAUGAAGAGGAUGGACCACAGCCUACCUCAGGAAGUAAGGAUGACCAGAGUUCGUCUUCCAACAGCUCUAGCACUCUGGAAGAAGAAUUUUCAUCAAUAGUGAAUAUCCCUGAUGCAACUUUCAUUCAGGCAGCCCGCAGAAAACGUGAAUUGGCCAGGGCCCGAAAGGACUAUAUUUCUUUGGAUGUCAAACACCCUUCCACCAUCUCUGAUAUGAAGGGAAACAGUGAGGAAGAUCCCGAGAGUGAGCCUGACGACCAUGAAAAGAGAAUACCGUUUACUCCAAAGCCCCAAACACUCAAACAAAGAAUGGCUGAAGAAACAACAACCAGAAGUGAAGGAACAAGUGAAGAAAGUCAGGAAGAUGAAAAUCAGGAUAUUUGGGAACAGCAGCAAAUGAGGAAGGCAGUUAAAAUGACAGAGGGAAGAGACAUAGAUCUUUCUUCCUACAGUAGUGAUUUUCAAACAGUGAAGAAGUUUGAUACUUCCAUUUCAUUCCCACCAGUAAAUUUAGAAGUUAUAAAGAAGCAAUUAAAUACUAGAUUAACGUUGCUACAAGAUACGCACCGCUCACACCUGAGGGAGUAUGAGAAAUACAUAGAAGAUGUCAAGAGCUCAAAGAGUGCCAUCCAGAACCUAGAGAAUUCAUCAGAGCAAGCUCUAAAUAUUAAAUUCUAUAAAGGCAUGAAAAUUUAUGUGGAAAAUUUAAUUGACUGCCUUAAUGAAAAGAUUAUCAACAUCCAAGAAAUAGAAUCAUCCAUGCAUGCACUCCUUUUAAAACAAGCCAUGACCUUUAUGAAACGCAGGCAAGAUGAAUUAAAACAUGAAUCAACGUAUUUACAGCAGUUAUCACGCAAAGCUGAGACAUCAACAAAUGGAAGCUUAGCUAUAGAUGAAAAAACUCAACGGAUUUUAGAGGAAAUCGAAUCUCGAAGGACACAAAGAAGACAAGCAAGGGCGCUUUCUGGGAACUGUGAUCAUCAGGAAGGGAUAUCCAGUGAUGAUGAACUGUCUUCAGCUGACAUGACUGACUUCCAAAAAAGCCAAGGUGACAUUUUACAGGAUCAUAAGAAGAUUUUUGAAGAUGUACAUGAUGAUUUUUGUAAUAUCCAGAAUAUUUUGUUAAAAUUUCAACAAUGGCGAGAAAAGUUUCCUGAUUCUUACUAUGAAGCUUUUAUUGGUUUAUGCAUACCAAAGCUUUUAAAUCCGCUGAUACGAGUUCAGUUGAUUGACUGGAAUCCUCUUAAGUUUGAUUCCAUAGGUUUAAAACAGAUGUCAUGGUUCACAUCUAUAGAAGAAUUUAUGGAUAAGAGUAUGGAAGAUUCAAAGAAGGAAGAUAGUUCUGAUAAGAAAAUCUUAUCUACCGUCAUCAACAAAACAAUUAUUCCUCGACUUACAGACUUUGUAGAAUUUAUAUGGGAUCCUUUGUCGACCUCACAGACCACAAGUUUAAUAACACACUGCAGAAUGAUUCUUGAUGAACUUUCCAUUUGGGAGGAUGAAGUUAGUAAAGGCAAACAGGAUUUACUUAAAUCCAUUGUUUCAAGAAUGAAGAAAGCAAUAGAAGAUGAUGUUUUUAUUCCUCUGUAUCCAAAGAGUGCUGUAGAAAACAAAACAUCACCACAUUCAAAGUUCCAAGAAAGGCAAUUCUGGUCAGGUCUAAAGCUCUUCCACAAUGUUCUUCUUUGGAAUGGACUCCUCCCAGAUGAUACCUUGCAAGAGCUAGGACUAGGGAAGCUAUUAAAUCGUUACCUUGUCAUAGCUCUUUAUAAUGCCGCACCUGGGCCAGAUGUUGUUAAAAAGUGCAGCCAGAUAACAGCAUAUUUACCAGAAAAAUGGUUUGAAAGUUCUGCCAUGAGAACAUCUAUUCCCCAGCUAGAAAACUUCAUCCAGUUUUUACUGCAGUCUGCACAUAAAUUAUCUACAAGUGAAUUCAGGGAUGAAGUCAAAGAAAUAAUUCUUAUACUGGUGAAAAUAAGAGCUUUGAAUCAAGCUGACUCCUUCAUAGAACAGUAUCACCUAGACCAUCUUAAAUCAGUAAUUAGCGAAGUUUGACUGAACUGUACAGAAGAGUAAUAAAGUAGAUUUUAGUAUGGUCACACUUGGCUCUUUUGCUGGGGGGGUUGUUUGUGGGAUGCUGGUGCCUCUUUAUUCUUAGUAAUAGAGGCCAGAAUUUGAAAAUAUACAUAUAUAUAUUUCAUCCAUCUCCUCCUUCCUCCUGGUAUCAGGAAAGGCUGUUCCCCUGAUUCUGUGGUGUUUGCAGGAAUUGUUAAGCACACAGGGGCAGUUAAGAAUUCAACACACGUAUUUCCCGUUGAUUCUUCUGGCUGCUUUUCCAGUUCAGGAGAGGGGUUGGAGAAACCUUGCUUGUAGCUGCUUUGGCUUUGGUGAGACUUCUAUCCUGAUCCAUAAAAACAUCUUUUAGUUCUCUUCAUUUUAAUGAUCUCUAUUUACAAAUAAGCUAAAGUGGAAAUAUUAAUUGGAAUUAAUUACUUAAGUAUUAACCGAUCGAGAUGUUUAAGGCUGUCAUAGCUAAUGAUUACCAAAUAGUCCUUCAGAAAUCUGUACCAGUGUAUUGUACCAACACAAGUGUCAGAGAGGCCAAUGAGUCCCCACCAGCGAUAGGUAUUAGCAUUGAGUUAACUCACUGCAAAUUGAAUAGGUGAAAGAAUCUUAUUUUAAUUAUGUGUUUGGGCUGUUAGGGAGUGAAUGCUUGUUGUUUUGGGGCCGUUUGUAAUUCUUUUCGGCAUGUCCAUUCAUCUUUUUCUUAGGGGUUGGUAAGAGCUUCAUAUAUUUAAAGAUAACAGUGUUGUGCCUGUCCCGUGUCAUUUGCCAUUUUUAUUUUAAUUUUGUGUAUAUUUUUGGUAUACUAAGUCAUUACUUGCUAGGUAGUUACUACUCUUCUUUUUAUGGUUUUUGUUGUUGGUUUUAAGCUUAGUUAAGGUAUUUUAAAUAUUCAGAACACAUGAUUCAUUUUCUAAUAAAAUAUUUAUAUAAGGAAAAUUUAAGGCAAUUAAGAUUGAGAAUAUUUUUCAAAGUGAGAGUUUACUAAUAAUAUUUCUUAAAGCUAUUUGUAAAAUAGCAAUGGCAACCCUAAAUAUAUAUUUUGUGUGUUGUUGCUCAAAAGAUAAUCAGAAAAAAAAUUGAUUAUAUUGUAGAGUUUGAGCAUGUGGCCUCUGACACAAUCACCCCUAGCUUUGAAGCUGCAUAUAUUUUAAUAGAUGGAUGUGUUAUUUCUAAUGCAGUGAAGACUCAUAAUUCACUUGAUGAACAAUUGUUUAAAGUUUAUUUUAGUUACACAAAUUAUACAGGAAUAGAAUCUUACAUAGAAAAUUUAAGCCAUUGCUGAGAAGCAUUUGGCACUCCCACAAAGGUAUUGUUGCCAGGGGUCCUUGCUGUUCUCGUUUCAGUGUCACUCUGUCAGACCUCUGCUCUGUUUACAGGUGUGUGUGGGGGGGGGGCGGGGGGUACAGCUUUGUUGUUUACAUAAAUGCCAGUACUGUAUUGUAUAUGAAAUUUGUGAUUUUUUUUUACUGUAAAAGUACAUACACAUUUGAAAACUUC